AUGGCGAGCGGCCCUGUCACCACCCUGCACUGGCUGCGCGUCUUCCGCAAGUCCAUCCCAGCCUAUGUCAAGGCUGCAUCCCAAGACCCCACCCUGCCCGCGGACGAGCGCGGCGGCGCAGCAGCACGCUUUGCAGACGCGUUUGGAUCCGUCUUGGAUGCUUUGGAACGCGACCCUGCUGCGACCUGCGUUGAUGGCUUCAUCACGCAGCCAAUCAACUGCAGCACGCUGUGCCGCAUCAGGGAUCAUGCGCUGCAGCGGCAGGGGUUCGUUGACAUCUUCAAACCCCUGAAAGACGAGGAGAACGGCAAGGCGCUGGCCCUGCUGCCCGGCGUGCUGCGGGAGCUGGAUGGCGUCGCGGAUGAUGGCGCGCGCUUUGAGAUGGCGCUGAGGGGCGUGUUUGCCGGCAACGUUUUUGACAUGGGCUGCGCCGAGACCGCAUCGAAGGCGGACGCGGCCGAGGAGGCUGGCGGCAGCGUGGCGAGCGCGUUCGCCUCGACGCGCGACUCGCUGCUGCCUCGGCCCUGGGCCGUGGACGGCAUGGAUGCAUUCCUUGCGCGCAUGGCGGCGCGGCGUUUGUGUCCCCACGUCAAGGCCAUCCUGUUCGUGGACAACGCCGGCGCUGACGUGGUGCUGGGGAUGAUCCCCCUGGCCCGGGAGCUGCUCAAGCGCGGCACGCAGGUGGUGCUGACCGCAAACGCCCUGCCUUCCAUCAACGACGUCACCGCCCCUGAGCUGGCGCCUCUGCUGGCAGCCGCGGCAGAGGGCGACGCCGUGCUGCGGCGCUGCCUGGCAGAAGGGGCGCUGCGUGUGGUGUCGAGUGGCAACGACCUGGGGGUUAUUGAUCUCACUAAGGUGUCCCCCGAGCUUGACGCUGAGGCACGGGGCUGCGAUCUCGUCAUCAUCGAGGGCAUGGGGCGGGGCAUCGAGACCAACCUUUACGCCAAGUUCAGAUGCGAUGCUGCAAAGCUGGCCAUGGUCAAGCACCCCGAGGUGGCGACGCUGCUCAAGGGGCGGUUGUACGACGUUGUCUGCAAGUUUGACGCAGCUGACUGA